AUGCCACCCCAACCCCGGGUCAGGCUGCCCCCCCAAUCGCCGACUUUAACACCCCAGCGUUGUCCACACUUUCUCAAAGGUCGAUGUUGGCGUAGCAACAAGUGCAGGAAGGUGCAUAGUUUGCCUGGGUCUGAGCCGAAUUGCAAUCCCAGCAGUCAACAUGUCGACUUGGCCCAGGUCGAGGACCAAGACCAGACAGCCGACGGAACAAUACCUCUAGUUUCAGCUGUUGCGACCACUUUAUCCGACGGCGAUGGCUGCGAAUAUCGGUAUAAUCGUGAAACGGAUACGGGAUUGGGGGCCAACAAAAGUCUUGCAAGUCGGGGUGUAGGGGCACGCAUAGCAAAGCAGGAGGCCGAGGAACGCAAUCGUCGAGAUCCUGAAGAGAAACGGCUUCGAGAAGAGGCAGAGGAACAGCUUUGGGAAGAGGAAGAGAAACAACGCCUAGAAGAGGAGCAACAACAGCUUAAAGAAGUCGCAGAAAAGAACCGCCGUGAAGCACAGGAACAGGAGAGAAUCCGCUUUGAAGCCGUGGAAAAGGCACGUUGUCAUACCAAAGCCCGAGAAAAGGGCCGCCGUGAUGCAGAGCGUCGUCGAGAAGCUGUACAGCGUCUCCAGGAGGCAGAGGAGAGACGACGACGAGAGGAGGCUGAAACGGAAGGACAGAGGGUGGAAGAGGAGAGGCAGAGGAGGAUUAGGGAAGCAGAGGAAGAGAGACUUUGGCAAGAAGCUGAGCAGCGUGCUCAAAAGCUUCGAGAAGAGGAAGAGGCCCGACGUGAAGAGCGGGAUCGAGUUGACCAAGCAAAGACUGUCCAACACUUGGUCUUUGGUAACACCAUCGUCAAGUUCAGCUCAGGCAUCAACAUUGAACGCAUCGUUACGGGCUUCGAUUCUUGUCGGGUUCGAGUCACGGACCUCCCAUUCAGCACGAAACCAAACGACGUAUGCGAUCUCCUCCGUGGUCAGGAUAUUGAUGAAGACUCAUUCCAGUUCGUCAAUAUGAGGGUGUGGAAAGGGAAGAAGGAAGCCAACUUCAUCAUUGAGGGUGAGCAGGGACAAACGCUUGCAGAAGAUCUCGACGGGUUGCACUUCCGAGGUCAGACCUUAUCAGCUGAGGCCAGUGCGAGUGGAUCUCUCCAGGGUAUGAACUCCAAUAACAGUUCUACCCUCUCCAUUUCUUGGGUUCUCCCCUCCGCACGCUACGUCGUCCACUUCAAAACGGCAACAGAGGCACUCAAGAAACACGCACUGGACGGUUGGAACUAUCAUGGUCGGAAGAUCAAAGUUGAGCCCAACCGUCUUCAAGGCCAAGUGAAUGUGGACCCUUGUUCCCUCCUCGUUAGCCGUUUGCCGAUGGGUACCGCUGUUGGAGACGUUCGAGAGCUAUUUGAAGCUACUACUCUCCGGAAACUUCGGUCGAACGAGUACAACGACGAACCUGUCGAACAGUGGUUGAAAACCUUCAUCCAAAAUUACAUGCGAGGUGGAUUCGUCGAGUUCGAGUCGGUCCAGGUGAACAAGUUCGAAGGGAAACGUUCGGUGCGGGUACGGUUUGAGAGUUGGGAAGAUGCGAAGAGGGUUCAUGGUCAACUGGUCAAUGUCAAGUUUGAUGUUAUCGGCAACUCGAUGUUUCGACUUUGGCUGCCUGAUCCGUAUCAGAUCACGAUUCCGAUGGAACAGUAUCAGGCGCAGAAGAAACAGUGGGAUACGUUUGUGAAGGAUACGAAGGAGAGUGUUUUGAAUGUGCAGGUAUUGAAGGAUAAGGCUAUUCUUCGGGUUGGCGGGGAUGAUUUGAAAGCAGUUGGGAUGCUCAAGGUUAGGGUGGAGAGUCUGGUUGCGGGGGAGAUACUCCGGGAUAUGUGGCAUGUCUGGUUUGACACCGCCGCUGGGAAGAAGUUCUUGCAGUCGGUCAAUACUGACACGGGUGCCUACAUCCGACAUGACUGGAGACUGAGAGUGUUGAAGGUUUACGGGACUUCGGUUGCUGUAUCGAAAGCCAAAGAGAUGAUGAAGGAGGAAUUGGAGAGACUGUCUGGGUUGGAACAUACGGAAACUCUCAAACGCCAAUCGAUCCGGUUCUUUGUUGAACGUGGUGUCGCCGCACUCAAAGAAGCGUUCGGUGAUGACAGCGUUACCCUCAAUAUCACCAGUACUCCCGUAUGUAUCACCAUCCGAGGAGGUGAAGAAGCCCGUCAUCUCCUGCGCAAGUUGAUCGACGAGUCCCUCUACAACGUCACGACUGAUUUUUCUGCUACUUCCGAAUCAUCUUGCCCUGUCUGCUUGGCCGAAGUCUCAAACUCCUUCAAGCUAGGUUGUGGACAUGAAUACUGCACGGCUUGCCUUCGCCAUUUCCUCACCACCGACAUCAGAGAUUUCCCCGUCGUCUGUGUCGGAGACGAGGCUACAUGUGGGAAGCCUAUAUCUCUCCCUACGAUCCAGAAAUUCCUCACCGAAUCACAGUUCAACACUCUGCUCGAGACAGCGUUUUCGAAGCACAUUGAACAGAACCACCUGACUUACAGGUACUGCAACACCCCCGACUGUCAACAGAUCUAUCGAUGUGAAGACCCGUCCAUGGCCGAUAGUGCUCCCAUCACGAAUCGUCAAUGUCCAUCUUGCCUUGCUGUCAUUUGCAUGAGAUGUCACGGGGACGCACAUGAUGGCAUGACAUGCGAUGAACGACGUGAACAUUUCGAACCUCCUGAAUAUAUCGUUCUCAAUGAAGCUUGGGCUAAGAGGGCCGGAGCGAAACGGUGUCCUUCAUGUGAUGUGUGGAUGGAGAAGACCGAAGGGUGUAACCAUAUGUCGUGUAAAUGCGGAGCUCAUGUUUGUUGGGAGUGUAUGAAGGCGUUUGCACAGAAGGACAUUUAUGAACAUAUGACAGUGGUUCAUGGAGGGAUUUAUGAGGGGAGGGAGCCUGGAUAUGGGAUGGUGCCGGUUGGGGAUGAUGAUGUGUCGGAGAACGAGGAUGGGGAUGGGAAUGGGGGUGGGGCUGAACCCCUGGAGAGGAAUCGAUAUAUGAGUCAGAUUGAACGUUUACAAGCUGGUUGGAGGUUACAACAGGAGAGGCAGCAGGCAGAGGAGUUACGUGUGCGGAGGGAAGCAGAGGCGCUGAAGCAAGCGUACAAGGAUCGACUUGCUCGGGAGUGUGAACGUCUUGUGCGCGAGGCUCGUGAAAGAGAAUUACAAGAACAGGCAAGGCAGCGUGUAGAGAGAGAAGCAAAAGUUCUUAGGCAGGCUCAGUAUAACGCACGUGUUCGUUUGGAGGAGGUUCGACUUGCUCAAGAGCGGGAACGACGGGAACGUCUUGUGCGUGAGGCUUGUGAGGCUCGUGAAAGAGAACAGGAACAGGCAAGGCAGCGUGUAGAGAGAGAAACAGAAGCUCUUAGGCAGACUCGUUUAGCUGAGUAUAACGAGCGUGUUCGCCUGGCACAGGAACAAGAAACCCGGGAGAGGGAACGUGUGGCGGUAUUGAUAUUGAAGCGAGAGAGGUUAGAGGAGGUGCAGCGGGCAACUUUGCGCCGAAUACUUGCACAACAACAGCAGCAGCAGUAGCAGGAGUGGCAACGUGCAGAAGCGCGUCGAAGGGAAAAGGUAAAGGAGUGAUGUAGGGGCAAUGGUGGUGUAUUUUAUUUUUUAUUUGUGUAGAAGAUGAACAUAAUCCCGAACGCUGUUGUAUUACUUUUCUAGGCAGAACGUGGCCGAUGGCGGUGUCGUAGCGAUCAUCUAUGCACUAUUUCCGAGUUCGUUGUGGGCAUGAGUUAGAUUGCUAACAUUUUCGGUGGUCGAGCUGUUGUGAAACCACGAAGAAACCCGCCGGGGACUGUCAAAGCAGGGACAAUGGAUAGUUACCUUGCUUGAACUUUGUGGUUACAGUCGCAUCGUUAUCUUUGAGAGAGAA